GCCCGCCAGAGCCGUGAAGCAGCAGCAGCAGCAGUAUCAGCAACAGCAGCUCCGCUCGCUCCGUACAGUUUUUGUAUUCAUGAAAACAAUUGUUCGAGUCGUUUAACCAGUUCGAAUAGUCGAUACAGUUCGCGUUCGCGUUCGUCGAUCGAAAUUCGAAUAGUGACGGGUUAUAACCUUAAACUGAGUGGCGGUCACGGUAGUGUCGCGGAAUACUCUCGUGGUGGAACAGACUCGUCCCGGUCGUUCGAGCGUCAUUGUCCAGUGCUUCCGUGGCGUGUCGAGACGUUGUUCGGGACAGAGGUGUGAAAAGGAAAGUGCACAGUCAUCGAUGUGAGAAAUCGAGGCUAGGAAAAAGGCCCGCCGCAGCAGGAGGGAGAGAGAGAGCGAGAGAGAGGAGCUGUUCGCGAGAGGCCGGGAAUUUCGACGAUCGUAGCUCCGUUAGGGAGCUCCAGGGGUGGCAACGGUCUCGUUAGGAGGUGUCGAAGCUGGCGCGUGGGGCGGGAGAGUCGGCGGUGGUCUGGCUCUGGUUCCGGUGGUAGCGGCGGAAGCGGAAGCCGUGACAGCAACAGAUCAGAGAGAAAGACUUGGAAAGACUGGUGGUACCCGCUGCAGAAGAAGAUUCGGACAUCCUCUUCUCGUUCUUCUUUCGUCUUAUCCUCCCGUUCCUGCUGGUGCGAAGCUCGAGGAUCUGCUCCAUCGUUCACCGAAAGAAGCAUCGACGGCGUGACACUGGGCUCCGACUGCCUUCGACCGAAAGGACAAAUUAGAUAGAAUUUAACCAAUUCCUCGGACACCACGUUCUAGGUUUCAUCGAGGGGUGGACUACCACCUCCUUCUCGUUUAUUCAACGUUUCACCGAGUUCACGGCACGCCGCUACAAUAGGCAUCAUGAGCGAAUUAGAAACCCUUCGUCAGGAGGCAGACGCUUUGAAAAAUGCCAUUCGAGAUGCCAGGAAAGCAGCAUGCGACACGACGUUGGUUCAAGCCACGUCGGGCAUGGAGGCCAUUGGCCGGAUACAGAUGCGCACGAGACGCACGCUCCGCGGUCACUUGGCCAAGAUUUACGCGAUGCAUUGGGGCAGUGACUCAAGAAACUUGGUGUCAGCGUCGCAAGAUGGAAAGCUGAUCGUUUGGGAUAGUUACACUACCAAUAAAGUUCACGCGAUUCCUCUGCGCUCCUCAUGGGUGAUGACCUGUGCGUACGCGCCAUCAGGUAGUUACGUAGCCUGCGGUGGCCUGGACAACAUUUGUUCCAUCUACAGUCUGAAAACUAGAGAAGGAAAUGUAAGAGUUAGCAGAGAACUACCAGGUCAUACUGGUUACUUGUCGUGCUGUCGAUUCUAUGACGACAACCAAAUUGUCACCAGUUCCGGGGACAUGACUUGUGCCCUGUGGGAUAUAGAGACUGGCCAACAGUGUACUUCCUUCAUUGGUCACACGGGCGACGUAAUGUCCCUAUCCUUGGCACCGGACACGCGCACAUUCGUAUCCGGUGCAUGCGAUGCGAGCGCAAAGUUGUGGGAUAUUCGCGAAGGAACCUGCAAGCAGACCUUCCCUGGUCAUGAGAGCGAUAUAAACGCUGUCACGUUCUUCCCGAAUGGAUACGCUUUUGCGACGGGCUCGGACGACGCAACGUGCAGACUCUUCGAUAUUAGGGCAGACCAAGAGCUGGCGAUGUACAGUCACGACAAUAUUAUUUGCGGUAUCACCAGCGUAGCGUUCAGCAAGAGCGGCAGAUUAUUAUUGGCCGGUUACGACGAUUUCAACUGCAACGUAUGGGACUCUAUGAGGGCUGAACGUGCUGGAAUUCUUGCUGGCCACGAUAAUCGCGUAUCUUGCUUGGGAGUGACGGAAGACGGUAUGGCGGUAGCGACGGGUUCAUGGGACUCGUUCCUUCGUAUUUGGAACUAACUUGGGGUUCAUCCCAAGACGUUCCUCCAAAGAACCAAAUGCAGCCAAUCAGCAUACAGUAUAAGCAUCAAGUACCACCAUUUAGCCACCGAAGUCGGCGUGUCCGUAUCCUCGACGGAGGCUACUUACUCUUCAGCCUCGCCGAAGUUGACUUUGAUCAGAAAGUUUGGGCAACCUGAAAAUAAUUGCAACAACAUCGGUAGCAGCAGCAACCAGAGCAAGAACAGCAAGAUAACCCUGGGAAGUAACAGCAGCAGCAGCAGCAGCGACUUUAAGAACGUUUUGGGUUGUGGUGGUAAAAAGGACUAUCGAAGACGCGGCGUCGAUUUAGCCUUGCGUCGCGGCAAGGUUGGCGACAAAAUUACUCGCGAAUACCAGCGCUUCUAGCAUGAGUUUAAGAUCGUUUGCUCGACACGCGAAAAGGAAGCGUGGCGAAAGAAAGAACGGAGAGAAGCACCAAGGCAGAGACGAAGCCAAAAAUCUCUCCGGUCCUCGUGCACGCGUACACGCACUUCCUCUUUCUCCUCCCCUUGUCUCAAGGAUCACUUGACGAGCACGUGCUGUCGGUCGCACAACUAUCGAUAGCUCAUCGAAGAUCUCGAGUUCGAAGGUUCAGAAUCGACCACGAAAAAACGCGUUGAAACUCGGAUGUCAUUGGAAGCGUUGUAUCCUGCGAACAAAGAAGGUUCCGAGCGUUCACUGCCGAUGAAGCGCCGAUUAAACGGCUGCUCCGGCGGUUGAUUUUACACGUGUUUCUUUUUCUAUCUAUUCCUUUUUAUUCUUCUUUUUCUUCCUCCUCGUUUUCUUGUUCUUCUACACGGCACGUAGCGCGUCGCGCAUGUACCACAACAACGGGUGAAAGAACGAAAACGGUCGCUCGUGCACGGCACAAAAGUCAAACACGAUCAUGGAAAUAGCUAUUAUGUAGUACGUAUUAUUGUACGAAUCGUGUAUAUGUCGACGAACAGGCAAGGUUACGAUAAUCUCGCAUAUUGCAUUAAAAACCUACACGCACACCGUACGCACGUGUAUUAAAUACGAUUACAUAGAGAAAACUACAUAUACAUACAUUUGCACAGGAACGCGAAGUGUACCGCAAACAAAAGGCCAUUAAAUACAUAAUGGGUUACCCACGAGUCCCGACGUAUCAAGUAACAUCGUUUCUUCUAUCGUGUUUUUCUUUCAUUUUCUAUUGUUUAUUUUCCGUUUCGAUUUCCACGAAUUUGCCGCGAAUUUCAUGCAUCCCCUUCUACCAACGAGAGGGAGACUAGUUUCGAAAAAAGGCGUGAAGGAUAAAGAUACAAUUGGCGCGAAUAUCGUAUUGUCUUUUGCGACUAUAACCGGGCGCGUUCGCACUGAUAUCUUUAAUUUUUAUAUAGAUUUAUCGUUAUUUAUUUUGUAUAGAUCACUGCUAUAUAGGCCAUUUUCUACGUUCUUGGUUCUGUCCUUGAGAUGUUGAGUGAAUGUUCGAGCUAAACGGAGAUUGUUAGAGUGCAAGAAUGUACGUAAGGUCUCGAAAGCGCGGAAGGACAUUUUGCCAAUCAAAACGAGAAACCCUACCGAAGAAGGCAAACAAAUUGAUGAUACUCUUUUUAAGUUAACUUUCAUCGAAAUUAGGAUCGUCGUUGUAGGAAAAGAUAAAAAGAAACGAGCGAUAAGAGUUAACGAAGCAAAGGCAACAACACGAACAAGUCCCAAAUUCAAUGACCAGCAUUUAAGUACGAAACGGAAGAAGGGAAUUAUUUAAUGUAAACGUGUAAUCGUUUAGUUUGUAGCCUCUAUUCCCUGUUCCUCUCUAGAUAAAAAACAAAUCAAAGAAUAGCGAGACCGAGAAGAGUUCCUCCUAACUCUCGCCAAAAGCAGAGUCCCACGUCUUUCUCUAACAACGGUCCAGCACCGAACACUCCUCGAACGUACGAAGAAUGCAAGUGUUCUCGACGAGAUAAGUCGUCUUAGAAGUUCCUUUGAAAUAGGACCCAAAGAAUCACGGAUCGAAGCUACGGACCGCGAGACCAAACUCUCUCUUUCUCUUUCAUCCUCGUCACUCGCCCUUUUCCUUUUUUUCCUAGAUGAUCUGUACGUUAUCCAUCGUGUUACUUCGUGUUCUUUUUUUAUUGUCCUUCGAGAAUCUGUCCUUCAUCUUCAUCCGUCACUUCCUGUGUUUCUCUUCAUCUUCCCCCUAUACAUUGCUCCUCUUUUCGUCGAAAACAGAGGUUAGGUGUUUAAACUGUGUAUGCAUUUAAAGUAAUAAUAUUAAUGAUAAUGUUUAAUAUUACUAUUAAUGAUGAUUGUAAUUUAUAAUUAUUAAUAUUUAAUAUAUAAGUAUCUAAGGAGAUAACGGUGAAUCCACUUGUUCAGUACCGCGGGAUUACGGUCCUAUCGCUUUCCGGUUACCACGCUUACGUCUUUCCGUUUCCUUUUUUCUAUUAAAUUCUUCUUUGUUUUUUCAGUGACACCAUUGCUGUUGCUGUUGUUGUUGUGUAUAAUAUCGGAAUAAUUAGAGAGCUGUUGCGAGAUCAUUAUGACGGCCUGAAGAAAAUUUCACGCAUAUAUAUUGGAUUGUUUCUGAAUACUGUCGAGUCUGCUCUUGAAACGAAUGAAUGAACGAGAAGCGUGGCUUCCGGAAUGCGUGAAGCAACAGUUGUUUUCCUACAAGAACAAGUACGUAAACUGAGAAACCUUCUAAAAGACCUUGUUGUUUUACCUGAAUGAACAAGAAACGAAAGUUUGUCAUCGAUUCUUUAUUUUUAUUUUUAUUUUUCUUCUUUUUCAAUUCAAAUUUUUUUUAUUACAUUCGCUUAUAUCACACUUGCCUCCACAUCUUUUACCAGUUAGGCAGACAAACAAAAAAAUGAUCUCUUUGCGCCAAUUUAAAAACAAAACCAUCUUCCUUCGAUUUUAUCGUUAAAUCUUUCAUGAUCUCUUUCUACAAGACAAAGCUUUAACUUCUUGCCUUAUAUUGAUUGCGAACAACUUACAUCGGAUUUUACAAUCCUUAAUUGCACAAAUUAUAAUUAGAACCAAACUUGAAAUUUAACCGUAGUACAAACACUAUACAUUAGACUUUCGUUAUAUUGUCAUGUACGGUAACUUUGACGGAAAAUUUCCGAAAGUGGCAAAAAGUAUAGCAAAAGUCUACUGCAAUAUUAUUUAGGCAAGAGAUUUACCUUCUCGUAAAACGUUAGGACGUUAUUCAAGACGAAGGAAGAAGGGUUAAAGAAACAAAAAAUUGGGAAAAAGGAAACAGAGGAUCUGCGCUUUUUAUAUUUCGCGAUUUCGUGGCUUCUCGAAGACGGCUUUCCAUUUUUGUAUUUCGAAGCCUCGAGCCACCGAAACAUUAUGGUUUCUUAUUCUUUGUACGAGUAUGACAAAAAAUAUAUAUUAUAUACAUAUAUAUAUAUACAUAUAAAUAUACAUAUAUACGUAUACAUACUGUCGACGAAAUAUAGCAUGCAAAAUUAACGAUUUAUUAUGUCUCUAGUCAUAGUAAAUGGCACGCGCAAGGAAAGACCACAAAAAAAUGUGGAACUUGGAGGACUUCGUUAUUUUUCGUUAAUUUUCUUGUCUUUCUUUUAUUCUCCGAUAAUUCUUUUGUCCGCGGACAAGAGUACAGGAACUGAUUUUUUAAACAAUUCCGUUGUAACGUAUCGAUUUUUAAUUUUUUUUUCUUCUAAAAAUCGUAAAAGUAUAAGACGAAUAAAAGUACUUGGAAAAACA